AAGCUUCGAAAUCAGAACGCGUCCUACGGCGAUCGGAAAGGCUUCUUAAGUUUUUCGGAAAAGCAUUUAAGCUACUCACCAGUCGUGACCGAGUGUCGAAAAGUUGUCUGGAAACAAUGAAGCAUUUUAUCGCGGUGGUCGUAUUGUGUCUGACAGUGGCUCAGCUCUCGGAAGCCGGACGUCCCGUUUCGACGGAAGUCGUGCAAAAGCUGAAGGAACUCGAGCCAGUGUACAAGCAGCUGCAGGAUAAGGUGAUCAACGAGGUUGCUGGGGCGAAGUUGACCACCGCCAGUCGUACCGACGCAUUCUACAAAGGUGUGAUUGCCGAUAAGGAAAGCUCUCUGGCACAAUCCAUUCAGCUUGAGGAUGAUAUGGUCUAUCAGCUGAACGGACAAGCACCGUCGGCCGAUUCCUCCUGCGUGCAAAUGCUCCGUAGUCUGACUGAGCUCAACAUGAAUGUGGCUGGCGUUGGCUACACGAACUGUGUCAACAAGGUGGAGGCCGGCGUGAACGCCGAGUUGGACAAGGUGUACAAGCUGCUGCAGGUUGACGAGUCGGAGCUGUUCGAUAUCAGCCUGCUGGACGUGUUCCAGGGCGAGAACAUCAUCGUGGAUCCGGCGAAGAUCAUCAGCAAGCUGAGCGAGAAGAAAACCGAGAUCGAUGGCAUUUCGCUGAGCUUCGUCUCCGACAUUAAUGCUGCCGUCAACGCAUACGCUUCCCGUCUGGGCGAUCUGCAGAACGAAUACAAAUCCUGCCUACUGACCAACGAGUCCCUGCUGAAGGGAUCCUUCGAAAACAGCAAGCUUCAGCUGGUUCAAAUUUGCUUGGGAUCAAUUGUCCAAUAAGAAUCCCGAAGGAUUCUACAAUUGCAGUGCCGCAAUAAAAUCAAUCAUAUCAAUUCUCCAAGGAAAUUUAGCAAAAAAGGAUCGUCAAAGUUUUAUUGAUAAACUUAAAAUGUUGGCUAAGAACUUAACAUGAUUAUCAAUCGGGUUAUCCUGCAGCUUUGCAAUGAGAGACAUCCGAUAUGAGUUCCUCGA